AUGGUGGCCGAGAACCAACAGCCGCUGCCGCAGCAGCAGCAGCAGCAGCAGCAGCAGGAUUUGCAGCAGCUGCAAGCGCCAGCAGCAAGCAGGUCGUCGUUCUCUCUCUUUAGCACAGAUAAGAACAGCAGCAGCAGCAGCAGCAGCAGGAACAGCAGCGGGAGUCCCAGCACGACACUGAGCAGCAGCAGCAGCAACGGCAGCAGCAGCACCUGCAGCAGCGGCAGCAGGGGGCUUAGCCAGGUCGUGGUGCUCGAUCAUGCCCCGACCCCUUAUAGAAUCCUUCAUCUUGAGACAGCAGCAGAAGCGGCAACUGCUGCUGCUGCUACUGCUAAGGGCAAGCACAAGAUGCGGAGCUCUGUGCCGCCGCUGUCUCCUCCAGGCUCAGCAGCAGGCUCAGCAGCAGCAGGAGCAGCAGCAGCAGCAGGAGCAGCAGCAGCAGCGGGGCGGUAUUCUGUCUCAUCUCGCGCUUCUUCUCUUACCGAAUCUGAAGGCAGCUGGCAGCGGACAUUCGCUGCAGCACCUGCAGCACCAUCAACAGCAGCAGCAGCAGCAGCAGCAGCAGCAGCAGCAAGGGAGGUUAUUGACGUAGCUGAGGUUUUAUCUCCGGAGACACAAAAAAGAAAUUUAAAAGAAGUUGAGAGAGCGCAGCACAUCAGCGCAGUCGUCAACGUCACCGCUGGCCUUCAAGGUGUGUUGGUGCAGCAGCUGCAGCAGCAGCAGGGCGGAGGUUUGUUUGGCGGUUUUUCUGUGGGCAGCAGCAUCAGCAGCGCUGCAGCAGCAGACAACAGCAGCAGCAGCAGCUUUCUCCCGUUGCUGCUGGGCGGCGAGCAGCAGCAGCAGCAGCAGCAGCAGCAGCACCGGACCCGCGCAGCUGAAGACUUUGAGCCUUUCUUCGCCUCCCUGGGAGAAGACCUUAUCCGCUUCGAGCGCAGCAGCAGCAGCAGCAGCAGCAGCAGCAGCAGCGGGGAAGGGUUUGAGUGCAAGCGCAGCAGCCCGGCAUUUGAUUUGCUGCUGGCUAGCGGUGGAUUGUCUUCUAGGCCUCCUGAGGAGCAGCAGCAGCAGCAGCAGCAGCAGAGGGAGCUGUUGCGCAAGCAGCAGCAGCAGCUGCUGCAGCAGCUGCAGCAGGAGAUGCCUGCUGCUUUCUUUGAGGCCUCCUUUGAUGUCUCUCAGUUCCUCUCGUUGGAGCCGCAGCAGCUGCCAGCACAACUUGAAAAAUUAUCGGACUGGCUAGACAAGGUGGAGACAGGGUUGGUGUCUCUCUUUCCGCCCUUUCCUUUCUUUGCUGCUUCAAUUCGUAAUAUCUACCGCAUGCAGCAGCAGGCCCAGCGCCUCAUUGCUGCUUCUCAGGAACUCAGGGAGGAGCUGCAGCAAGUUCGAUCCCGGGGCGUUGAGCUGGGGCUGAAGAUUUUGAGGCUCUCUAAGCAGCGACAGCAACAGUGCGUGCUGUAUCGACAGCUGGAGGCGCUGCAGUCGUUGGGGGCCCUCUGUUCAUCACUGCCGCUGCUGCUGCAGCUGCGGGAUUGGCGUACUGCUGCGCUGCUGCUGCACAACUCAGCAGAGCUGCUGACGCCUGAUUUGCUGCAGCUGCCAGCAGCAAAACACUUCCAGGCACAAGCAGAAGAGGAACGCCAGCGGCUGAAGACCGCCACGCAAUCAGCUUUUGUCUCCGAGUCCUUGAAGUACUUCUUUGCUGCGCAGCAGGAAGAGGAGACACCUGCUGCUGCUGCUGCUGAUGAGGAUCUGUUGUCGCGCACCCUAACGACCGCAAGCCUGUGCUGCUGCCCUCCCUCAGAAGCAGCAGCAGCAGCAACAGCAGCAGAAGCAGCAGCAGCAGGCUGGCAGGGAUUACGCUGCACGCUGCUUCCAGGGGUAUUAGAUAAUCGUGUGCUGUACAAUCCUGCUUCGGGUUCGCUGCUGUUGCUGCUGCCGCCAGCAGCAGCAGCAGCAGCAGCAGCUUUUGAAUCUUCCGAGUGGUCCGCAGGUCAUACCACUGCAGCAGCAGCAGCAGCAGCAGCUGCUGCUGCUGCUGCACCGUCGGAGCAGCAGGACAGCGUGUGGGUUGCGGUGUCUCCUCAGUUUGCUGCAGCAUUUAUAAAAGAAGUGUCUCUUCAGGUGUAUGGGCAGUUUGCUGAGGGAUGGGCGGGGGCUUAUAGACUCGACGAGGAGCCUCACGACCCGCAACAGCAGCAACAGCAGCAGCAGCAGCAGCAGCAGCAGCAACAGCAGCAGCAGCAGCGGCGACGGCCCCACAGAGGGUUCGCAUGGGAGGAACGUGUGUGCAGGGAGGCGGGGGCCGAGGCAACGCUCUGCGCUUCUCUCGAAGUGCUGCUGAGUAUGGAUCUGCUGCAGAAGGCGUUGCUGCUGCUGCGGCAGCAGAUCCCAGCUGUAUGCCGAGAUGUAAUGAGGCGAGCUAUCAUCUUUCUGCUGCACCAAAGAGGAGCACUGCAGCAGCAGCAGCAGCAGCAGCAGCAGCAGCAGGUGCAGCAACAGCAGCAAGGGCAGAAGGUCGGCAGCACUGCCGUCACGGAGACAGAUAGGGAAGCCGAAGCUGCGUCUCUCCUGGCAGAGUUGAAGCAAGAAGCAGCAGCAGAAGAGACAGGUGCAGCAGCAGCAGAAGAGACAGGUGCAGCUGCAGCAGAAGAGACAGGUGCAGCAGCAGCAGCAGCAGCAGCAGCGGCUUCCACUGUGCUGCGCCGCGAGACAAGCUCAGCCUUCAAUUCAGAUGCAGAGGAAGAUGCUACGCAGCACCAAGAGCAGCAGCAGCAAGAGCAGCAGCAACAAGAGCAGGAGCAGGAGCAGCAGCAGCAGGACAGGCCAGUGCAGCAGCAGGAGCAGCAGCAACCGCAGCAACAGCAGUCGCAGCAACAAAUGCAGCCGCAUCAGCAACAGCCGGAGCAGCAACCACAGCAGCAGCCGCGUCAGCAGCAGCAGCAGCAGCAGCAGCAGCAGCGAGUGCGCGCUGCUGAGCUGUCAGCAGCUCUAGGCCAGCUGAGUUCAAGAGAGUUUUGUUUUGUCUUCCGCGACUUGUGCGGGCAUGCAGUUGCCGUGGCAUGUCGGGUUGAGUCGUGGCUAACAUUUGUGCUGCUGCGCGCCGCGGAGUUGGGUACAUUUCGCCUAUGCAGCCAGCAGCAGCAGCAGCAGCAGCAGCAGAAGCAGCAGAAGCAAGAUGAGAAACAACGGUCGCAGCAGCAGCAAGAGCAGCAGCAGCAGGACCACGAACAGCCGCAGCAGCAGCAGCAGCAGCAGCAGCAGCAGCAGGGAAGUGCAACAGCAGACGACGACUUGUCAGCCUUAGUUGCUGAAGCGGAAGCACUGACACGUAGCUGGCGCUUUAUUGCAGCAGCUCUUGUUCGUGUGGCGGAGGCGUACGCUUUAGCUGUCCCUUCUUCCCCGCAGCAGCAGCAGCAGCAGCAGCAGCAACCGAAGCAGCAGCAGGAGCAGCAACAGGUGGAGCAGCAACAGGCGCGGCAGCAGCAGUUUGACGCGGGUCUUGAGCGUGAAAUGCAGCAGCGCCUACGGGCCCGCGUAGCUCAAAUUCUGCUGCAGUCCCUCAACGUCACUGUCGUCUUGCUGCAGCAGCAGCGGCAGCAGCAGCAGCAGAAGCAGCAACAGAGCUUAAAGAUUGCUUCGGGCUCCCCCGGCAGCGAGAACAGCAAACAGCAGAGCGCUGCUGCUGCUGCUGCCGCCGCCGCUGCUGCUGCUGCUGCUGCUUCGCCCUCUUGGCAGCAGCCUGUCUUCUUCGCAGACUACACCGGCAUCUUGGAGGGGGUGCAUGAGGCGAGGCUGCUGCAGCUGGAGGUGCUGCUAGCGAAGGAGACUUGGGAGAGACAGCCGUUGCAGCAGUCUCUGCUGCAGCACUUAGAGAAGCUGCUGCUGUCGGUUGAGCCUGCCCCUGCGGAAGCAGCAGCAGCAGCAGGAGCUGCUGCUGCUGCUGCUGCUGCUACAGCUGCAGCAGAAGCUGAGGCAGCAGAACCAACGGCAACUACAGCAGCUUCGCUCUCACCGGGUGCUUCCUUUAGUGUCUCUCCAGCACUAACUGUCUCCCCAGCAACAUCAGCAGCAAAGGCAGCAGCAGCAGCAGCAGCAGCAGCAGCCACCAGCAGAGACGUUGUGCUACCCAAUGAAGAAACCCUUGCGGCUGUUUCAGCAGGCACCACACCUGCUUCUGGUUGUGCUGAUGCUGCUGCUGCUGCUGCUGCUGCUGCUGCUAGCGGGCGCGUGGUCGCCAGCAUAGGGCCCAGAGGCCUAAUUCUUGAUGGGGAGGAAUUUGCUGUUGCUCCUUCAGUGCUCGUCACUCUUGCGCUUAUGCAGGAGUAUCUGUCUCUUGCACUGUGGCUGCCUUCGCUGCAAUCUGCUGCUUUUACUUCGUUAGGCGAUUUGCUGCUGCGCUUCGUUCGGGUGUCUGUGCAACUAACUGUGGGCGGUGGGGCGGUGCAGCGGCAGCAGCUGCAGCGCAUUACUGCUGGCGUUCUUGGAAGGGUUGCUAGGUCCUUUGAUUGUCUCCUGCUGCUGCUUCAGAGACUCAUAGAUAGCCUCAGUCAGCAGCAAAGGCUGCAGCAGCAGCAGCAGCAAGGGCAGCAGCAGCAGCAGCACCAAGAGCAGCAGCAGCAGCAGCAAGAGCAGCAGCAGCAUAGACGGUUGAACACCAUUGAAGAGGAAUGGCAUCCCCCAGAAAGACCGCCUCUGCUGGUGCUGCUGCAGCAGCAACCCGAAGGAGAGAGGCAGCGCAUGCAAGACGGAGCAGCAGCUGCAGCACAGCAGCAGCAGCAGCAGCAGCGCAAGAGGGAGUUGGAAAGUGCAGCAAAAGCCUUUCUUCUGAGUGUGCGUCGCUCGCAGCAGCAGCAGAAGCUGAGUCCAGCUGCGUUUGCUGCCAGCCCUGCUGCAGCAGCAGCAGCAGCAGCAGCAGCAGCAGCAGCAGCAGCAGCUGAGGAAGACUUGGCAGCUGGUGAAGAUCCGUUCAUGCCUCCCCUCCUUCCUAUUGAAGCUGUGUCUCCGGUGUAUAGGCAGCUGGGCCUUGUCUCUUCAGGGCUUAAAACUGCUGCUGCGCUGCAGCGGCUGCGGCAGACAGCCAGCGGCAUCGCCCAUAGCAAGUCUCUUGUGUUUGAAAAGCUGGUGGCAAUAUUGGUGGAUCGCUUUGAGUUCCACGCGACCGUUUGGCUGUCUGCGCCUCAUCCCCCUGCAGCAGCUAGAAGCAGCAGCAGCAGCAGCAGCAGCAGCAGCAGUGACCAGCAGCAGGCGAGCGAGCUGCCGCUGCCGCACGACGCACUGAGGGAGUUGGUGAAAGAUAUUUCUUUAAUGUACAAAGUGUUAGCACGCGUGCUGCCUCAGGAGAGCGUCAGCCGCCUCUUUGCGUUGGCCUUCCACUCGAUGGCCGAUAUAUUUGCAGCAAAGCUGCAGCAGCUGCAGCAGCAGCAGCAGCAGCAAGGAUCCGCUAUUGCUGCUGCCAGCAGCAGCCUUCAGGUUCAACGCCUCGUGAGUACAGAUGCGUCUCCCGCUGCUGGUUUGGCUGCAGAGCCGACAGCAGCAGCAGCUGCUGCUGCUGCCGCUGCUGCGCCCCAAGUUGCAGGGAAGCCUGUAGCUUCAACGCCAGCAAUAGCAGCAGCAGCAGCAGCAGCAGCAGGAGAGCAGCAGUGGAGUGUAGGGGAUCGAUUGUGUCUUGACUGUCUCUGUUUAUAUGAAAGCCUGAGGGGCUUUCCUUUGCUGCUGCAGCCGCUGUCUCUUCUAGUCUGCGAUCUCUUCAGUGCAUGCAGCAAAGUAUACACCCCUUCACCAAAUGUACAGCAACUCCUAGAGGCAGCGCUGCCACUCUGA